AAUUACCCUAACUUUUCAGAAAAUGUCAAGAGAAGCACCAAUGUUGGAGGCCUUGAACCGCAUUGAUCGCGAAAAUCGUAUACUAAAUGAGGAGAACAAAUCUCUUCAUGAGCAGAUAUGUAUAAGCCGAAAAGAGUUGGAGGAAGUGGCAUACAGACUUUCCCACUCCAGUGGAGAUAUGACUGAGCUAAACUCUGAACUUGAGCUUGUUAAGAGUAAUUACUCUAGUGAUAAAGAACAGCUUGAGGAAAGAAUAAUGCAGCUGGAGCAUGAACUUGAGGAAGCCACAACAAAUGGUCUGGAGAUGCAUAAAAUGUUGUCAGAAAUGCUCUCAACACAGAGUGAUGCAACAGCUUUCCAGGCAUCUGUCGACCACCUGCAGUCUAUGUUAGAUGGACAGCGGGAGAAAGUGGAGACCCUUACUUCCGAUUUAGCCUUGAAAACGCGACUGAAUGAAGAACUGCACACAGAACUUGCUGCUGCCAGAGAACGUGCCAACAAACUGGAUUAUCAGGUCGAACAGCUAACACAUUCCUUGGAGGAGUUGACGGGGGCCAAGGCAGAAACUAUCCAGAAACUACAGGACGAAGCUAAUCUUGUUCACGAAUUGAAGAAAACAAAUGAGGUACUAACAGAACAAACAAGCAACUAUGACUCCAAAGUGGAAACCCUGACCAAAGACCUCGAGGAACAGCGGGACACUAUCUCCAAGUUGAGAGAAGCUAUUGAAACAAAGGAGUCAGAAUUGCAGGUCUCAAAGGAAUGUUUGAAGCAGCUGCGACUGACAUCAGAUGAUGACCAUGCUACCCCAGAUGAAGAAAAAUUAUCAGCUAUAUUUGAUGUCAUUAGGGUGAAGGCAGAACUGCAGAAGGUUACAAAUGAACGCAAUGACUUACAAGAGCAAUUGGAAGAUGCAGAAAUAGCUCAGAAGAACUUGGAGGAAGCCAUGGCUUCAAUCCGGUCUGAAGUGGCAGGGAUAAGAGACCAUCAUGAUCUUGCUGUCAAGGAGAAGGAAGAAGCAUUGAGUAAACUGGCUGUGUUGUCUCAGUACUUUGAGGAGAAGGAGGCACAACUUACCAAGGAAUUGGAAUCACAAGAGGGUUUGAGAGUUGAUGCUGAAGGCUCUGCAGCUGCUGUUGCAAAGAAGAUUCAGAAUUACGAACUGGAAAUUGCCUCCUACAAAACCAAACUGGAUAGUCUGCGUAAGGAACUUGAGGACCAAGAACAGUCCUACAAGUCUCAGAUUUCCAGUCAUGAACAAAAGGCUCAUGAUAAUUGGGUGCAGGCCAGGGCAGCUGAACGGAAACACGAGGAGCAAAGGCUGGAGAAUAAUCAGCUGAAGAGUCGCCUCGCCAUGAUGCAAAAAGAGAAGGAAGAAUCACAGCAGCAGUCCAUUGGCAUUAUAAAGCCUACAGCUAAACGUGUAGAUGCUAAUGGUUCAAUGUCAUCCCCUGGACCCAUUUUGGAUGGUAUGGUGGAUGGGAAUCAUUCAGGCCCUCCAUCUCUCCAUCGCGAAGUAGACUCUCCGCCCAUUCCUCCUCAUCCCUUACAUGGUCCACCUCCUAUGUUGCCAAUGAUGUUCCCCCCAGGAGCUCCCCUUCCCCCAGGAGUGCCUCCACCCCAUGGCUUGCCACCUGGAGUUCCACCACCCCCACAUGGCCUGCCCCAUGGGUUGCCUCCUCCAUUCCUCCCAGGAGAACCUCCAUUUAUGGGACCUUUACCUCCUCUCCCAGGGGGUCGUCUCCCACCUGCAGGUGGGAUAUCUUCCCCUCCAUUCCGUAGAUCAGGAUCUCCAUCAUAUGAACAUCGAAAUGAUCGUUAUUCUCCCCGAAGUGAUAGGUCACACUUCUCAGAUGGGAGGUAUUCACCCCCAAUGUUGCGGCGUAGACCACCUUCUCCAGAUUCACACCGGAACCGCUCUCCAGAUAGAAGAUCUGACCGUACAAGAUCCCCUGACAUGCGUUCUGAUAGAAUGAGAAGAUCACCAGAUUCUCGAGGAGACCGCCGCUCACCUGACCGCAGAUCAGGUAGACGUUCUCCAGACAGACGCUUCGCAAGAUCACCUGAUGGUUAUGUUCGGCAUAGAUCUCCCCCACGUCAUUUUUAUGAUGACCCAGAAUAUAUUGAUGAUCCAAGGUUACAUGCACAUCUAAAAGGAAAGAAGACCUCCACACCAGUAGGACCCAGUGAUCGAUGAAGGAAACAAGAUAGCAACUGAUUCAUUUGGGUAUCCUCAAUGUUCUCCUUAAAUAUGGUUGAUUUUUUAUUUAUUUAUUUAUUUUUGUGUUUAUGGUUUCUAUAAGUAUUUAUUUUAAAGUUAUUUUUGUUUUGCCCAUUUUUUUUUUCUCUAAUAUAACAUAUUUGUGGUGCUGAUGCUAAGUACCCAGACUUGCCCAUGUGAUACCAUGUAACCAAAUAAAAAUUGUUAUUGCCAUCAUUGUCAGCUUUGAAUGCAAAGAGUCAUCAUCUCAGUAAUCAUGUGUGCUGCCAGUUAAAUGUGUGAAAGAUUUGUUACUUGUUGUUUUUUAUAAUUAUGAUUGUAAAUUGGUUUGCUGACAUAUAUCCCUUAACAGUUUAUUACAAUAUUGAGAUACAUAAUUCUGGAAUGUAUGUUUCAAAGCAAAAUAUAUAUUGUAUAUGAGUGAAAUAUAGUGCUGAAGAUGCUUGGAUUCUUGACGAAGCUAAUGGACUGAAUUAGGGUCAGUCGCAUUCAUCAAUAUUGGUUCAAAUACAGCUGUCAGCCAGCCUUAUUGGCAAGUCUGUUAGGAAAGAGGAAGCUGGGGAUGUAUGUCUGUAUCAGCACCUUGUUUUAUUUUAAAUAGACAUGUGGAUGCAGUAAUAAUUAAGCAAAGUCCAUACCUGUUUUAUAGUGACUCAUAUAUUGGUUGGACAGAUUUCUAAGGGAAUGUAUGCCAUCUGAGAGUAAUGUUUCAUUCUGAAAAAUGAGACAUUCUUUUUGAUGAGAAAAUAGACUGUGUAGGAUGAAAGUAAGAAUGCCAACAAAUUGUACAUUUGUAAUUUUAUUCUGUAUAUUUGUGGAAAGAUUUUUUUACUUAAAUACAGUCUGUAACCUCUGUGAUCAUAAGACAUUAGAUGGUGAAGUAACUAGUAUAGAGAGCAGGUAGCAGGUGCUGUCUUAUUGUAGGUGCAAUUGUCCACUUGUACCAUCUACAUAUAAUGGAAAUGAUUUAAUAAACUUGUAUUAAAAGG